UCCGUUGACCCGCGUCCCGCAGCUCCAGCUCCGACGCGUCUUGCGUCUUUCUGUUUCUUGCUUACCCUACUCCUGACCUUUUCUCGCGUCUUCGUUACGUCGCUCCCACUCCUUCUCUCUUUUUGUUAUUGUGGUGCACCACAACUCUGCACCGGUGGCUCAUUACUGCUCCAAUGCGUGGGCGUCUCUCAACGACACACAUGUUCUGACCGAGCCGUCCUGCAGGGGAGGUACUGUAGCCGUGUCUGCGCUACCACGCAAAGCGGCAGCGCUAAGGGGCAUCACUGCCAUGUCCACUCGUUUUGCACUACACCACAGCCACCAUGCCCGACCUGCCGGCACCGACCUCGCCAGGGGCCGUGCUUGACCUCCGGCAAAGUCAAGGUGCAUAUUCAAGGAGGGCGAGGCCCCCGGAUCCGCAUACCGAGACUGCCGAGGCAGUGAGGGUGCCCUUGAAGGUUGAAUUCGGAGACAAGACACGUCGAAGGGAGUCCAGAUUGGGGUUGAGGAACAUCUUUGGCCGGGGCAAAGGAGGGUCUGAGGGGGAUAGGGGUGCGGGUUUACCGCGUGAGGCCCUCUCCAAGGCGGGAGGCAUACGGGCCUCGCUGGCCGAGAUCAACUGGCCUUAUGGACUGCAUCAGGGCCAGGGACAUCGAUCAGAAGUCUCCCUCUCAUCCUUCUCCAAGCCAUUGCCAGCUGGUCAGGGCUUAAAGCACAAAAAAUCUGAAAGUAUCGUCCGCCAACAGCCAGAUCAUGAAGGCAUCGCCGCUUGGAGCCCGCCUCCGCUGUUCCAAGCUUACCCGCAGGCAAUCAAGCACGCGCAUCUCCCGGCAUGUACCAUCUCCGCCGAGGUUGUCCUCCGCAUGCACCACCACAAAAGCAGCGGCUCACUUGUCGGGAUGUUGAGUCCAAGCACCCCGGAUAUACCAGAGGAAACGACGGGCGAGAGGCCCAAAAGGAGACACCGGAGAAACGGGUCUGGGUCUUCGUCCAGAUUCGAGUGGACAACAAAGGUCUACAUACUGGUCACGUCGGGAUAUCUGCUGCAGUAUGCAGGCGAAGGUUCUUUCGAUCGCCUUCCGGAGAGCGUCUUGCAGCUGGGCAAAGAAUCAGCGGCCUUCGCGAGUGACGCUAUCCCGGGUCGUCAUUGGGUUCUUCAAGUGUCCUCGGUCGCAGAACCCGAUCGUGCCUUUGCUUCGCACUCUUCACUCCGCGCGCGGCUGCCCUUCCGUGGCACGGACAAGAGGCAUUCCUCGACCUUCUUGAUGGUGUACGAGAGCGCUGAGGAAAUGGAUAGCUGGAUUGCCGUACUGCGGCGAGAAAUCGAGAAACUCGGAGGUCGGAAGGUCCUGUCGGAAACAGGAAAACCCAAGGCGAGUGUCCAGGAUGCGCAAUCGAGGAGCCAAGGAAGCCAAAGGGCAUUCGUCGUCAGGGACCCCGACCGAUUCUCCCGGGUCAUCGCGCCAGAUUGGAACCAGAGUCUACCGAUACAACAUCCGGACGCACCAGAAGACCCGGCCCUCGACCAGUCUUUUGAUGACACCUCUACAGCCAGCUUCAUCUCGCACGAAGGGAGACAGCUUGACGCUCUGAGAGACAGCAUGAACCGUCUAUCAUUGCAUUCGUCAGGCCAGCGGACGGUGGUCACGUCCGUCGGCUCAUCGCCAGCCUGUUCUCCGGUCCGAGAUACUUUUGGCGAGUUAGACUCCAUGCCGGAGCAUCCUUAUUUGGAGGAACAUCCCCAGCCCAGACUGAGGCCGAAUGCCAUGGCAAUCAUCGAUCGAAGGCAGUCCCUCCAGGCCAUCAAUCACGUCUUAGAGAUGCGCGUUGCUUCAGCGCAGUCUCUCCGCCCUCUGUCGAUGUACUCGAAUUCUGGACAACCUGAAGCGGCCCCAUCCCUCGUGGUUGUGCAACAAUCCAUGCCAAACUUCAGCGUGCCUCAAAACGCAGGGAAGCGGUUUUCCUUUACUAGAAGCCCGCCAGGUGUACCGCCGCCUCAGAUAACGACGGCAUCGCCUCUCCCGGUGCGAACGAGCACCCGGAGACCGCCACCGUCGGCUUUGUCCAUUAACCCACGCCCCUUGUCACUAGUCGAGGAUCAACCAUCUCCCGCAUUUUCCUCUCUAAGUCGAGCUGGAUCGGCAACGGGCGGUACUGGGAGCCCUCUCUCGGCCUCUCCAACGACACCGCCUAUAUCCUCGCCGCCGCCGCAGCGAGUUGGGGAUCAGGCGACAGAGCGGCAGACUCGAGAAGAAGCUCUUCGCGACUCGGGGAUCUCGACACAGGACAACACUCCGGGAACCGAUCGAGCCUUGGAUCCCAGGCCCUCGAGUGAACCGCAAGACAGUGCCUCGAAAGUCCACAAGCCACUCUCGCCGUCCAACGUCGCGUCGCUUGAUGCCCGCAAUAUACCUCGGUCUCGCACGUCACUCGGCACGUACGGCGAGUUUUUGCCGGAAGCCCAGGCGGGCAUAACGCCAGUGAUACGAGUUCGUAGGUCGAGCUUCAGCUCGCCCCAGCAAGUGGAACGGACCAGUCGAGCUCUCUCGCCUCCACCUUCCAUCCGCAACGAUCAUGGCCAGCGACCUCGUGCACCGUCCUUGAAGUUGAUACCAAAGUCGCCGCAGCAUCUCCGGCUCGAUUUGCGCUCGCAGGCUCAGUCGCUUGUGCAACGGCGGAGCAUGUCACAGCUGGCUGAGGGUCCUCCGCCUGCCCCGCCGCCGAAUCGGGCUCUUCCCCCCAUUCCGCAAAAAUCCAGGGUGGAUGUUCCGCCACCGGGAUUCAUAUGAUUGCCCCUGAUCGAGGGCGGCUUCACAGUCAAGGGGGCCCGAUUGGCAGUCGAGCAUUUAUUGCUUCAACGAAAAACGAUCCUUAAUAAACAUCUCUUUGGAAGAGAAGGUGCGGGGUACGCAGAGGUUGGAUAUGUUCCGCCCCAUGCUUACAGGGUGGUUUGUGA